AUGAGAGAAUUCCGUGGUAUAAUAAAAGAAGGAAAAGUACAGAUACCUGAUGAUAUCAGUGAAAACAUGAAAGACAGUAUACCAGAGAAAGAUUACAGUAUCCCUAAAACAUUACCACACAAUCAACAUGAGAGAAUUGUAACUAGUGAAGGCUCACGACCUGUUACAGUAACACAGGGCCGACCAUUGAGUUCAAAGUCAACAGGAAAACCAGGACUGUCAAAACAUUUAUCUACAAAGGUAACUUCAAAAGUUGACAGUAAGAUGUCAAAAGGGGUGGGGUCACAAGUUUUAGCUCCGCCCAUGACCUCAGUGACCGUAGAACGACAUCAGCCAGUCAAUAAACUAAGUAAAGCACUCAAAAUGACCCUGAAACAGUUUUGA